AUCUUCUGCUAUUUUGUUUUUCGGUCACAACCAUGGAGGAAGCGGUCGCGUCGUCUGAGUCCCUAGUGGAUCCAGACGCCGUGAACAUUACUCGCGAGUUCAUUGACUGUCAGCCUUUCCCCACCUUGAACCCCCACCACUCUUGACGGCUACCCCGCUGACAUGAUGUUUUUGCAGUUACCGAAUUCCUCCCAGCGGAUAUGUAUCGUUCGUUGCAACUUGUCCGUCAGCUUAAGAAAAAGGCCGACGACCACAGCAAGAACGUCGAUUUACUUUGCAAGGAAUUCGCAAGCCUGCCUGAACAGAGCCGCGUCUUGCCUCCCAACCUCGAUGUUUCACUUAGGGACUACGCUUGCCCUCCUAUGAGCGAGAGGGAAACGGACUUAAGGAUCAGAAUAUCCAAUGCGAUCAAGGGCGCCCAGUUCGCUCAUCGGGAAGCGAGGGCCGAAGCUGAGAGGGCUUCACAGAAUGUACAGACCAAUGUGUGCUACCCUUACCUGUGUUAUUUUGCUGACCGGGUCUAGAUUAACCGUCAUCAUGCUCGUAUCGUCGCCAUCUAUGGCGGGCUUUGCAAGGUCAUAAUACCGCCAGACGAACCUGAACAGAGACCUGCCGAGAGGCAACAGACCGAUUUUCGGAAAAUAAAAAUCCGGAUUUCCUCCCAGAAGGCAACUCCGGCAGGUCGCCACCCCCGCCUUCGUGGCUCCGCUUCGAUUGCGCAAGCUUCUCGCUCACGCCAAAAACAGCGGGAGAGAAGUAACAGGGAUGAUGACGGUGACGAUAAUGAGUGGGAGGAUAUACCAUCGACGCCAUAUAAUUACGAAAAAAUAAAGAAGAAAAAGAAAUUGCUUGGUGGAAUAUCCAGACGUGGACCAAAAAACAAUUGCGAGUCUCCAUUUGUUGGUGGGGCUAAAGCGAGAAACGAAGAUGGAUCUUUGAUCCCUAACAGCUUGCUUCCCUGGAAUAGGCUUACAAAUGAAGAGUUGGCGAAAUUGCGAAAACGGAUGAAGAAAAAUUCUGGCUGGACACCAUCCGUUACCAUGAUAAUUCGAGAGCUUGAAACCUUGGGUCGAGGGCCUAAGCAUAAGGAGAAGUAUGAAGACCAGUGGGGAGGUAGAAGGGGCGAUGAGUUUCUUAAAAUAUAUGGACCGGAAGAUGGUGGGAUUGGUGAUCCAGAGAAGAUCGCACCAGAUGACGGAGCAGGAGUUCGCGAGAAUAAGGGCAUGAAACUCAACCGUGCAAAAAAACGGAAGCGGGAGGAGGAGAGAAAGGAGAAAGAGAAGGAACUAGAACGCGAGAAAUUGGAGGCGAAGAUCGAGGAGGAGAGGCUCCGCUUAGCGCUCGAGCUUGAGGUCAGAAUGAAGAAGGAAAUUCAAGAGGAAAAGGAACGUGCAGAGCUUGCGAAGCGCGAGAGGGAAAAGGCAAAAGCUGAAGAGGAAGCGGCCAUAGCCGCAGCCGCAGCCUCCGCAAAAGAGAAGAGGGAGAAGGAGAAAGCUGCGAUGGAAGAAAAGGCUAAGGCAAGUGCUGCUCUCAAGGAGCAGGAGAGAGCUGCUGCCGCGGCAGCGGCAGCAUCCGAACCACGGGUGCCUCAGCCAAUCACCCGGUCAUCUUCAUUCAGCAGCCCGGGCUCGUCCUCUACCUCUCCAGCAUCAACCUCUACCGGAGGGGACGAAGAUUCCGAAAUGCCCGACGCAGUCUCGGAAGAGCGCACAGCAUCGCCUCCAAUCCCCCCACCACCCCCGCCAAAGCCCCGCCUUGGCCGCCCUCCGAAAAACCCCAAACCCUCCAUACCCUCCAGCUCCGAUUCCCCACCCAGUUCUGGUGAAAAGCGGAAGCGUGCCCUAUCGACAGUGAUGACCGUCCUGCCAACCCCCUCUCUCGCUGAAUCCCGCACAAAGCGCGGGACAUCGGCCGCCGCACCCCCGACUGGAACGGUGUCACUCGCCGUCGGCCGCAAGCGCUCGAACGUCACUGGUCCCAAACCAAAUAAACCGGCGAAGCCGGGCGUUGGCAGAAAGAAGGGCCUGGUGGCGGGAAACAGCCGCAGACGUGUGGAUGUUCAGGAUGCGGAUGGGGCUGAGGAGUGGGUUGAUGAGGAGGAUGAAGACUCGAAGACUUAUUGCCUUUGCGAUGAGGUCUCGCAUGGAUUUAUGGUUCUGUGUGACAACGAGCAGGUUUGCUCUCCCUCACUGAUUUGUGUAAGUGGGUGGGAGUGAUGGAUUGCUAAUUCUCGUGCGUUUCGUGUAGUGUUCUAAGAAGUGGUUCCACAUCGACUGUGUUGGACUCACCGAGCAGGUAGCGAAGGAUAGCAGCUCGAAGUGGUUCUGUCCGGAGUGUGAGGGGAAGAGAGGGAAAAGGAGGAAGAAGACUUGAUUGUGGAUUUUUCCCGCUCUUUUUUCUUGAUCUCGCUUUAUUUUCUCCAUAUUACCUCUUACCCCUCAUCACCACUACCUCCCACCUACUUACCUAUCUACACCGCUAUCCUUACCUCCCUGAUCAUCCAUCUACUAUUCCCUUCCUAUGCCUCCCCAUCUAUAUUAGGCGAAGCGGUUUCCCUCCCUCUCACCUAUCAACACCGUCAUCGCUGUUAUCACCGUCACCCCUACAUCCGUUCCCCUUCCUCUUUUUCCCUUUCCCUUCUUUUUAUUUUUAUUUUUUUCAUCGCAAUUCCAUCUCCUUUAGUCCUGCAUCAACUUGCAUUACCUAUUUUUCCCUCGGUGAAAGCAAAUCAUCGGGAUUUGGCGCAUGUGCGGUGUAUCAUAGCGGAUUAUUCCUUUCUUUCUCAUUUUUCCCCUCCUUGAUACUCUUCGAUGUGAAUAACUUGGCCACCUUUUCGUUUCUCCUUUUUUUUUCUUUUCCCUUUUUUAAGUGAAGGUUGAGUAUGCGCGUGCCGUAUGGUGCGGCAGGGGUUUCGUUGGGUUAGGGGUCUUCUUUUGGGGGGGGGGGUUCUCUUUUGGCUUUGUCGGGUUUGGGUUCGCGGGGGGGGGGGGGGGUGUUUGUAGUUGCUGUUGUGGUUGAAGCUGUAGCUGUUGGAGG